UUUUAUUUUGAGAUAUCAUUGCGAUUUUUUGUUUAUUCUAUCAAAACAAAAUCGUGUAAAAAGAUAUAGAAUUUUAUACAAAAAAAAUAAGAUCGCAUACAAUUCAACUUAAGUAACCAUGGGUGAUGUCCAAAUGUUAAUGGAAAUGGGUUUUCCCAAAGAAAGAGCUGAAUACGCCAUGAAAGCUACAAAUUAUAAAGGUGUAGAACCGGCUAUGGAAUGGUUGCUGGCUCAUGCUGAUGAAGAGAUACCUAAAGAGGCAGCUGGAAGUGCUGUAGGAGAGCAGGCUCCUCCCGCAAACACCGAAGCACCCUCAACAUCAAAUGCCACAGAGGAAGGUGGCGUGGCUAAAUCUUUGAAAUGUGAUGAUUGCGGUAAAUUGUGCAAAGAUCAAUCAGAAGUUGAAUUUCAUGCUGCGAAGACCGGGCAUAGUAAUUUUUCCGAAUCCACCGAGGAAAAGAAACCUUUGACCGAGGAAGAGAAAAAACAACAGUUGGCUCUUAUUGAAGAGAAGCUUAAACUAAAACGUCUGGAACGCGAGGAAAGAGAAAAACAAGAAGCUUUAGAAAGGGAACGUAAUCGCAUCAAAUCUGGCAAAGACAUGACAGAGGCUCGCAAACGUUUAGAAGAAAUGGAAAUGAAGAAAAUUGUAGAACAACGUAAAAGAGAGAAGGCCGAGGAAAAAGCAGCCCGUGAUAGAGUGCGUGCUCAAAUUGAGGCCGAUAAAGCACGUCGUAAGUUGAGCCAACAACAAUCGCCUACAGCCGAGUCUCCAGUAGUUUCUGCCGCGGUUACUUCUACUACACCGCCUACUGCCACUGCCGUCAAGUCUCCACCCAAGGAGUACAAAGAGACACGCAUACAAAUACGUUUACAAGAUGGUUCUGCACUUACUGAAACCUUUAGCAUCAAUGAAAAUCUGUCGGCCGUACGUUUGUUCAUACAAAUGAAAACUGGCAGUGAUAUGCCAUUUGGUCUUAUGACUUCGUUUCCUCGCAAGGUUUUCGAUUACGAUGACUAUGAGAAACCUUUAAGCGUUUUAGGUUUAGUGCCAUCGGCUGUUUUGAUUGUGACUAAAGCAAAUAUGUGAAUUCCAUUAUAAAAGGCUCCAGAAAUGUAACAAGAAAAUAAUGUCACAGAUAAUGAUUAAAUGAGAAAUAUUAGAAACAUCAAUCUAAAUAUUUCUAGAGAUUUUUUUAUAACAAUUAUAAUAUAAUCGGUGUUUUUAUAUUGAGCUUGGCAAAGUUUGAUUUUAAUUUAUAAAAGAAAAAUAAAAAAGAACAAAUUCGACAAGAAAGAAA